CUUCCUUCUGCCGGCGGACACAGACGAACCUCGUCGGUCGUCGUCUGCGGUCGAACAGACUUCGCGGUGAAGUAAAUAAAACAACAUGAACUCUUUCGAGAAGAAGCUGGCGGACAUGAUCCACGACCACCCCAACCUGUACGACCAGAGCCGGCGGGACUACAAGGACAGUCUGAAGGCGCAUGUGUCCUGGAGACAGAUCGCAGACGCCAUGGAAAAGUCUGAAGACGAGGUGAAGCUCAAAUGGAAAAACCUACGCGACAAGUUCUGCAAAGCGAAGAAGCGGAUGGUGAAGAGGAGCGGGUCCGGGCUGACGGAGGAGACCCCGGCGGAGAAGCCCGUCCCGGUGCUGUUCGAGCAGCUGGCCUGGCUCAACACCUACGUCAGACCCAAAGUGGAGCCCGAAGCCAAUCAGGUCGUUGGAAGUGGGGAUGACCUGCUUAAAGAACGAGAUAAAGAAGAGAAGGAGCUGCCUGGUUCGCUGCCUGUUGUCAGCACUAGUUUUUCAAUCAUGGAGUCGUACCCUGUCAACCACCAGGAGCUGGGAGUUUCACUCAAACGGAAGAGGCAAACAACCACAGAGACUGAGAUAAGUUCUGCAGACGCCCUCACCAAUUUCAGAGAUGAAGAUGAACUGUUUCUCCUUAGCCUUCUGCCCUCACUGAAGAGACUUAACAUCAAAAAAAGGAUGGAGGUGCGGAUGAAAUUCCAGCAAGUGCUUUACGCUGCAGAGUUUGAUGAGUAAACAGUCCCAGAACCAAUAAGAACAAUUUGUUGUAUGAGUUGCUAUAUUUAUAAAGUCUAUUCAAGCAUUGUAAAUAUAUAUUUUAACCAUAAUGUGUUAGAGUAUUUUGGGUUCACUAGCCCUGUUAAAAAUGUUAAAAUCUAUAAUUGUUUGGUUUUGUCUGAGGUAAUGUCCCUUUAUUAAGAGCUUUGAUGAAACAAGAGAAAAGUGUCUCAUCUGAAUGUAGGCAGUGAAGCCACCUUUUUUAAUCAUAAAAAGAAACUGAACGUGGACCUUUCAGUUUAUUAGGUACAGGUGUUUGACUGUGUUAAACGCUUUUGGAGGCUAUAUUGGUAUGAGUUUGUGCAACAACUGUAUAUAAAUUAUUUUAUCUUUUUAAAAGGAGUUAUUUUUAUUGUAUAUAUAUAUUUGGAGAAUAAAUAUUUUGAUGCUCCUGA